AUGGAUGAGGUCUUUAAGGCCAAACCGACCAUAAUUCCAGAGGCGAAUAGACUCCUACCAAAGGGCACUCAUGAGACUGCAGCUGUCACCAUCCUCAAGAAUAAUGUCUUCAAGGAUGCAUUGGGAAUUGGUGACGAUUAUGAGGUGGGCACAGCAAUGCAGCGUGCUGAAGAAAGACGUCGUCAGGCUGAGGAAGCUAAGGCUUUGUUUGAAGCUCAACAGAAAUUAAAAACUCUGAAAUCCUCAUCAUCUGAAGAGGAGUCGGAUAGUGAGAGUGAGAAGAAAAAGUCAAGGAAGCACAAAUCAAAGAAGUCCCACAAGAAAUCCCAUCACAAGAAGCACAAGCGCAGUCGGAAGCAUUCCAGUUCGAGUGAGGAGUCGAGUUCCUCUGUCUCUGAGUCUGAGAAGGAUGAAGUCAAGGAGAGGAAAAGAAAGCACCGUAAACAUCAUCAACAUGAUGACAAGAAUUAA